ACUUCUCAGACCUGUUAUCAUUCAUAGAAGCACAGGUUUAUUAGUUAGUCACCAGCUUACCUUGCCUCCUACUUUUAUUAUGGGGUCAAGUUGGUUGAAUUGCCCCUCUCUUAAUCUCGACCUCAACGUCGGCUUGCUCCCGUUUCCUGUCGAUUCUCCGAAAGCUGUUUCGGCCGUGGAAUCCAAGCAUGUCGACAAGAAGGUGUCGAUCAAAGAAGAGAAAGCUAUUAAGGCUCUUGAGGCGGAGCUCGUUCUGGCAACCGAAGAGAACAAGAAGCUGAGUGAAGUGCUCGCGGCCACGAUCGCCAGCUACAGCGCGGUUCGGAAACAGCUGAUCGAGCAGAUGAACACCCCUCCCCCCGAAGGAGGGUCUCGAUCUAACUCGCCGCCGGGAAAGAGGAAGAGCGAGAGCCUCGAUGCUAAUAUGGAGAGCACGUCGAGCGAAGGCUCCUGCAAGCGAGUUAGAGACGACUGUAAACCCAAGGUCUGGAAGCUCCAUGUCCGCUCCGACCCGUCUGAUACAAGCCUCGUCGUGAGAGAUGGGUAUCAAUGGAGGAAAUAUGGGCAGAAGGUGACCCGAGACAAUCCAUGCCCAAGAGCUUACUUCAGAUGCUCCUUCGCCCCUUCUUGCCCAGUUAAGAAGAAGGUGCAGAGGAGCGCGGAGGACACGUCGAUCUUAGUGGCGACGUACGAAGGCGAGCACAACCAUGACCUGCGUUCUCGGCCUGGAGCUCCCAGUCUGCGUCCCAAUACUGCAGCACCUGACCUCAAGUCAUCAGGAUCGCAACCGGAGAUGGAGUCGCAGGAGUUCCAGCGCAGUUUGGUGGAGCAUAUGGCUUUCUCGUUGUCGGAAGAUCCAGCCUUCAAGGCUGCACUGGCCACCGCCAUCUCCGGGAAAAUGCUUCCCCUGCGAACUAGCUAACUCUCUGCUCCUCGAGAUGACUGAGGUGAUGCCAAAAGUUUGGUUUCUGUUCUUAUCAGUUGAAGUAGACGAUCCACCAAUCCACAGACUGAGUUUGAUUCGGAAGAAGAAGUUCCGAGUUGGACACACCGAUCGAUCGAUCCCGAACGAAACUUCCUCUCGGAACAAAGGUCAAAAACACGUGCUGUUGACUUCUCGGUCAAUGAUGCCAGCCAAGGAAGUUUCGCAGUUGCUUAUCAAGGCGAUGUCGUUGUAAAUGCUUUAAAAAUUGUGUCGGUAUGAUAAUGGACAUCCAGCCAUUGAUUUGUGUAUGAUGAAUACGAAUGCGAAUACAAAUGUGAUACGCAAUGGA